UGUUGCCUGAAUUCCCUAUUGAGGAAGUCAUCUAAAGUCAUCUCCUUUAUUAACCAUUUUGAGAUAUUUUCUUUGUGCGUUGUCAUUAUGUUAUGUAUUUGAAGUGUGCUUCUAACAUAUUUUUAUAUAUCUCCCAUGAGCUCUGACUGCAUAGCUCAAGUUGUUUCUGCCCUAAAAAUAGAGCUGUCUUUUUCCUACAAUGUCAAAUGUAACUUGAUUCCAUACAGUGUGUUAAGUCACAGCACGUCAGUUGCUGGCUGACCAGCUGAGUUCCUCUCACUCUGUCCUACAUUGCCUGAUGGAGUCUGUGGGAGCGCUGGGCAGCUCCACUGGGGCCAGCUCCAACCUUCUGAGCUUGCCGGCACCCUUCCCUUGGGAUGAGGACGAGGAGUUGCUUGGUCUGGGAGGCAUCAAGCCCAGCUCGUCACCCAUACCGAGGCGGCGAAGUUCAGUGUCCUCUGAUGACUCCCAACCACCCCCUUCCAGUAGCCGAAAAGUGUCCUUUGCUGACGCCUUUGGUUUAAGUCUUGUCUCAGUGAAACAGUUUGACGCCUGGGCAGCGAAUGCACCAUCAGGCCCUCUGGAGAGAGACUUGAGUGAAGUUAAGGAGUAUUACAUGUUUCUUCUCUGUACUCUUCCACAGACUGUGGAAGAGCUGGUCUUGCGGACUCAUGAACAGAAGCUAGAACUAGAGAGUCUGGAGUUGCUUCCUGGGACCACAACCCUUAGAGGAAUAAUUCGGGUGCUAAACCUGUGUUUUGAUAAGAUGGUCUAUGUACGUACCUCCUUAGAUUCAUGGAGGAGUCAUUUUGAUCUGUUGGCUGAGUACGUUCCUGGUUCAAGUAAUGGGGAGACUGAUUGUUUCUCCUUCAAGCUUACACUGGUUCCUCCAUUUGGAGAAGAUGGCUCGAGGGUUGACUUCUGUUUGCGAUAUGAAACAUCUUUGGGAACGUUUUGGGCAAACAAUAAUGAAAAGAACUAUGCUUUUUUUUUUUAUGAAAAAGCAAAGGAGAAACCCUGUGAACCCUGUAACAGUGAAAACAAAAGAAAAGGCUGUCUGAAAACAACCAGCUCAAAUGUCACUGCUUUGGCUGACGCUACAACGAAUAACGAGGAAUUUCCCGAUAUAAAUACAAAUUCUGGAAAGCCCACUAACACUCCAUCUCAGAAUGCAAAUUCUGAGAAAAUCCAAAAGGAUAGCAAAGAAUUAGAGGAAGACAUGAGCAGAAUCCGUGACAGAAGGAACAGAAGAAAGGCUGCGCGGUUAGCAAAAGUCAAGGAGCAAUUUGCAAAGAGAGAAGAAGAGAAGAAACAAGGGACCAAGGCAAAAGAGAGUGAACUGAAAGAAGAGACCAACGUGCAGGAACAUGCAUCAAUGCUGGUGAAGACACCAUGGAGCCCUCUAUCACAACAAACAACUGGAGGACCACUGACAUGCAACCAAACAUCACUUUCACCAGCUGAGUGCCUCAAAUUUGCUGAGCAUAGUGGAGAUUCCAUUGAUGCUUUCAGCCGACAAGUUCAAGCACAACCUGAGAAAGACACCAUAAUCCACUUUGAGACAAAUCUGUCCAGAGCACAUGCAAAUUCAACCCUGGAAGGCACAUGUUGUGAUAAAUUCAUUGCAUGCUCUGCUUCGGAAGUACUGGACGAUAUCCAAAAUAUUGAAAACCUCUGUGACCAAACAGUUUCAAUCAAUCAGCAUGUUCCUGGAUGCCAAAAUUCUGACUUGGCAAUCAGCAAGAAUUUUAAAAGAGCAUGGGAGAACUUUGAACAGGAUUUCAGAAGUUUGGCACAAAGCUCUAAGAUAGAUGAGGAUUCAAAUAUCAGUGAUGGGAAAGCAGAACAGAGAGAAAAUUUGACUUUGAAAACUAGCAACUCAGAGAAUCAGCUGUUUUCCCAUGGCUUAACAUUUGGUACUAUUGUAGCCCCACUUUAUCAUCAGGUUUUCAAAAAAAUGGAAUCUGAGAGGAAAGAUUUCAUACACAGGGCAUUUCAAGUCAACCCUUCAUUUAGGGAACUGGAGGAUGAGAGUCAAAGAGCAGUUAUGCCCCCUGAGAGCUAUUAUGCUCCCAUGAGACACACUGCAGAAAUUUGUCCAGAGCCAGUACAUAAUGUUACAGUUGACGUCUGCAAUGAAUCAACAGCACAAAACUUAAUAAACAAAGUGAAGCCAAUUAAAAAUCCUCUUUUUGAGUCAAAUGAAGGAAAACUUGAGAAAACAGAUGAUUCUACCAGUGGUAUAAGAGAGUGCCCAAUAGAAAUUACAAUCACUGAAACAAACCUUCAUCCAAAAGCAACAUCCAAACAACCAGACUUUUCUUUAGACACGCUUGCUCUGACAGAAUUAUCCCUCCAGGUUGAUUCUCACCACAGUCCGUGUUUAAUACCCCUAAUAGAAACAGAUCCUUAUGACGCAAUACAUAAAACAAUGGAUUCCGGUAUUCACAGCCUAUCUGAACAAGCCCCUCCUUCACCACCUACAAUGAUUCUGAAACCUUUAUUAUCCCUGGAAAACCAGAGCUUUGCCACCAAAAUUGAAGUGCUACAAAAUCAGGAGAACUCUACAAAUACUCAAACCCACACCAAAUGGGAGGAUAUAACUUUACAAACCCAAAUGCCCAAUGCCAUUAACAACAACCUGCCUCUGAACAAAAGCAACCAGAUUCUUGAGGAAAGCCACAACCCUAUAUCUGAAAAUAUUACCUUUGUUGUGCCACAAAAUCAGACUGAUUUGAACCCUUCCCUAACUAAAACUCAACCACACAUUACAUCCACUCCGAACCAAAGUCCAGAAGUAACACCUAGCCUGAAUCCCAUUUCAGGGAAGUCUGUUGAGACCCCUAAUUUCUCCGCCACUUCUACAGUGCAUACUAAGCAUUCAAACAGUACUUCUUUUAGUCUGCCCCAAUCUCCUGAAGAUCCCCAAAUGCGCCAGACUUCAGCCAUCAUCUUAGAUUCCUCUGAUGAAAAAUUAGAGCCUGUAUGCUGUGAGAUGAAAAUGAACAAUGAAAAACUUGAAAAAUGUUCUCACCUUGGAUUCGAAACAGAACCAUAUACAGAAUCAGAAAACUCACAGAAAAUUAUGAGCAAUGCUUUGGAGAGCUGCCAAAUGAAUGAAAAGAAACAAAUGCUCAUGGAUUUUUCUACACUGACCCCAGAGACUGAUAGAUCAAGUAUAACUGAUGACACAAAUGACUUUGAUGGAAAACAUGAUGACACAUCUGUAAUCAAAGUGAUGGAUGAAAUUGACAACAUACGGAAAGGGGAAUUAUGCCAGGUUUCAGAAGGACUUGAAGUGCAAAAGGAACAUAAAAUAAUGCAGACAGAGAAGCAGGGACAAGAAGAAGAAAAUUAUGAGGAUGAAGAAGAGGAACAAGAAGAAGAUACAGAAGCAGAAGUAAAGGAGGAAAUAAAUAACACUGAAGAUGAGAUAAAAUAUAUAGAUGAUGAAGAGGACAUGGAUAUGGACAAAAUGGGAGCUGAGAGAGAACAAAAUCAUCAGAUCAAUGCUGUUGAUCAACAAUCACUUGAAACAGAGUUUGAGGAGCAGAAGCUGGUCAUUAAAACCAGUAAUUUUGAAUUAUUACCACCAAUUUGUAUUGACUUAGAUGAGAACGAAGGGCAGCAAUGCACAGGUGAAAGUCAAGGUGAUGGUGAGUUCUCCGAAAGAGAGGACAGCCACCACAAAAGUGGAGUAGAGACCUACGAGGAUAUGGGUGCAGCCUGGCAAGCAUCAACACAAAAUAGUGUAACUGCACUCAGUAGAGGUAUACAAGCUAAGAAGAAUGAUUGGGACCUCUUAGAAUUUAUUGAUAAAGAAGAUGACUUGUGCUGUGAAAGUAAGAAACUUCAGCAUGAGCAGGAAUCUACAGAUGAUGUGAACAAUAUGUUGGUAGACAUGGAAUGUGAGCCAAAAGAUUCCAUGAACAGAGAUAUUGAGGCAGAUGUUGAGGACAAUGCCUCCACAGAAUCUCUAAUCGAUGAUGAGAUGGAGCUGUACCUUCAUAGUCUGAGGAAUUCACAACAGUCAGUUUUCAGAGAGGGCAUGAUGAAUGGAAGCUACUGUAAAAGACCCUCUGUAAGCAGAGGAAGGUCAAUGUCAUUAGCUAUGCCUGCAAUUUCAGAGUCUGUGGAUGAAGACCAGCUAAAUAGUUCCCUUGAGGAUGUAACAAAUAUUGAGGACAUAAUGGAGCUGGAGAGAGCUACACUGCCCCUUGUGGAUGGGAAUGAACAUGUUAUUGGGCGUAAUGUCCUGUGGUGGAAAGAGUUCCUCUCCUAUGAUAACAUGUCAAGGGUUAUUGGGUACACUUUUUUGUUGAUAGUGUUUUUGGUCACAGCAUUUUAUUAUGACUUCAUAGCAUGCUUUGCCCUAUAUCUGCUUACAGUGUAUUGGCUAUUUUGUCAAGGGGAGGGGGAACCUUUGAAAAGCUCUCGGAGAGCUGAGAAAGGACCGCAGUAGAUAUUUUCAAAAGUAGAUCUGUGGACAUGGAUCUAAAUACAUUUUUGUGUGACAAAGUUGGAUUACUUGGGGGUCUUUAUAUAAUUUUUCGUAAUGCCAAAGUAAUUAUUAUAUUUCAUGGCAACUAUUAGCAGACUAUUAGCCAUUUGACUGCUAGUUCAUAUUUGAUGUAGCACAACAUUAGAUGAACUCAAAGGCGCUUUUACACUAUUGAGCCAGUGCGAGCCGUGGCCAACAGCCUCGGACCUCGAGACCAAAAUCGAUCUGCAUUCCCACUAUCGGCCCAAUAACCCCACAGUUUUAUCCUAAAACUCACCCUUAAUACGGCGCCCUGGUGCCAACGUCACACACCCCGCCCAUUUCACAAGCAAGAGGGAAACUCAAGCUGAGGUGUCAGACUCUGGAGACUAGCUAGCCCUCGAAAUUAACAAGGAAUUGUACUGUGCCCAUAACUUCUUUUUAAUUUUUCCCAAACCCCUACCAUUAUGCGCUGGAUACACAACUUGGCAAGUUCAGCGACAAUAUACUAAAUCACAUACUAGUUUCGACAGACGUCAUUGAUCGGAUGUUGCGCAUUUUCAUCAGCCCAAAUAUUCAGAAGAGCCCUGAUUUCAUCUACUUACCAAUACUGACAAUACUCCAUUUUCCGUUGAUUUGUUGAGUGUGGAAAGGAGGAGGCAAGAACUGGCUUAACAAUAUAAAUAAUAUUUUAAUAAUAAACUUCAGCAAAAAGACAAACACACACACACACACACACACACACACACACACACACACAGGUGUCGGGCAGAUGCCCAUAACUCUCUCUCUGUCGCACUGCCGUUUCCGGUCGCCUUUAUCCCUAUUUAUUAGCCUGAUUAGGGGCCGGGUGUGCAGCAUCACGACCCCCCCCCCCCCAUCCUUCCUGACACAUUGAGGUAAGCUGUUAGCUAGAUGAAAAAUUGGGAAAUGAGUAUCUUGGUGCUAAAACCUCUGACCUGACUCAGCGAAACUCCAACUUUGACACUGACCCCACCUCAAUCCACAGUUAGCCUUUCCUUGGCCCAAGGGUUAUCGGUGGGCCAGGGUGCUUGGCCGUUUGUCCCCAAGGAAGCCCUGAGGACCCACGAUGAAGCCCCGGAAGUGACAGUGGGAAUGCAGCUGACCUGGCAUGCAUUAGCAUGCCCUCCUUUGGCCUGAUAGUGGAAAUGCAGCUAAAGUAGGAUUGUGAGAAUUUUUAACAUAACACAAUUUUUGCCAUUAUAAAUUAAUUGCGUGUGACAUUAGGUAUAUUUUUUUCAAAGUUUGCAUACAAUAACAUAAAAAUCUCUUUACACAGAGUUGAGCAUAUUGCAAGGGACAGGGUUGGCAAGGUCACUUUUGAAAUGUAUUCCACUACAGAUUACAGAAUACAUGCUGUAAAAUGUCAUUUGUAACGUAUUCCAUUAGAUUUCUCAAGGUCAGUAACGUAAUCUAAAUACUUUGGAUUACUUCUUCAGCAUUGGUAGAUAUUUUCACUUGUUUUGACAAUAAAAAAAUCUGCCAGUACAAUUAGAAAAAAUACACGUUAAAAAUACAUUCACUGAAAAACCUAAAUAUCUUAUGCAGUGUUGCUUCUAAAACAAGAUAAAGCAAACUGAUCACUGAACUGUUUUAAGGAUUCUCAUCAAGAAUAACAUUUUUGUCCAAAUGUGAAAGGUCUCACUAGAGAGAAAAAAAUCUAAUCUAAUCUAAAAAUAAAAUAUGACUGUACUUGGUAACAAUUGCAUGUAAAAUGGCUGGAAAAGCAUUUUAGCUUAGCAUAAAGAUACUUGUUCACAUGACAAUUUACACAAGGUUUAUUUCUAUUUCUACUGCUCCACACUUUCUUCAAACUUCUCUGUCUGCUCGUAUGAAUGUCACACAUCAUAAGAAAGUGUUCCACCACUGUUCAAACGCUCUUUGUAUCGCAUCAUUUAUAUGGAUAAAUGUUUUCCAACUGAAUAGACUAAAUAUUCAAUUAAACAAAUGACAAUAAAAUGCAAAGUAAUCUCUUCAGUAAUUAAAAUACUUUUUGAAUGUAACUGUAUUCUGAUUACCCACAAUUUGAAUUGUAACUGUAGUGGAAUACAGUUACUUAUAUUUUGUAUUUUAAAUACGUAUUCCCGUUACAUGUAUUCCGUUACUCCCCAACCCUGGCAACCCUGGCGAAGUCAUUAUGUGCUAAUGGUGCCUGGUACAACGAUGUUUAAAGGACCUUUGGGUGAGUUGAAUAGUUGAAGUUUAAUAGAUUACAGAGGAUUAGUCUUGGAAAAGGAUUAUAUGACUAUAACACUGACAUACUUUUAUGUUUUGCUUUAAGUAUCUGACAAGUGGAUUACUGAUUGUAUUUUAAUUUAUACAUAUAAAACAUAAAAAAUGUAUUUGUUUCU